GGCACGGGACUGCCUUAUCUCCCCGAGCCAUUACCAGCGGCGGCUGGAACCGGGAGCCCCGUCGCCGGCCACGCCCCACCGCUCGCGCGCGCCGGUCGGCAUCCUGCCGUCGUUGGGUCCUCUGGGUCGGAGCCCGCCGCCGGGAGCGCUCGCCUCGCGCCGCCGACGCCGGCCGGCGGGAGCCCCCGCGUCGUCGACUCGCAGAUCCGCCGACGUCCCAGGAAGCAGAACUUAUGGGGAAGGAACAAAUUGUAGCUGUUCUUCAAAUAGGUGGAGAAUUCACCACCGAUGCAGAUGGACACAUGUCUUAUUCUGGUGGAGAGGCACAUGCAAUGCUUGUCCAAAGUGACUGGACUUUUAGUGUAUUUAAGCAAGAGAUAUCAUCGACACUCAACAACCUGAAACUCGACCAGUUCGCAUUCAAGUAUUUCCUUCCAAAGAAUGAUAAAACCUUGAUCUCUAUUUCCAAUGACAAGGACCUACGCCGCAUGGUUGAAUUCCAUGCAGAGUCAGAAACAACGUACAUUUAUGUUAUGAAGAAAGCUGACAACAGGUCAAAGAGCAUUGUUCCUGCUUUGGGUGCUCCUACAGAUGCCUUUGCCAUUGUCCCAACAACUCAGGAUGGGUCUAAGAGACAAAAGGUUUGUGCAAGUUGGAAGAAUGUGAUAACUGGAGUUGGCCAAGUGUUUGAAGGUCCUAAGGAUUUCCGUGAUGCCUUACAUAAGUAUGCCAUUGCGCAUAGAUUCCAUUACAGAUUUAUCAAGAAUGAUUCAUCUCGUGUGACUGCUGAAUGUACUGGUGAAGAUUGCCCAUGGCGAAUACAUGCUUCUAAGUCGCCUGCAAAGAAAGAAUUCAUGAUCAAGAAAAUAUCUGAAAGCCACACCUGUGAAUCAGAAACAGUAAAAAGUCAUCGGUUGGCUUCUCAACGAUGGGUUGCUAGUGUCAUAAAAGAAAAGUUGCGUGAUAGUCCGAACUACAGACCAAGAGAUAUUGCAAAUGAUCUUCAACGGGAGUAUGGACUAUGCCUGAACUAUUCACAGGCUUGGCGUGGAAGAUCAAUUGCUCAAAAAGAACUUUAUAGCUCACAUGAAGAGGCAUGCAAUCAGCUACCUUGGUUUUGUGAAAGGAUUGUAGAGACCAACCCUGGAAGUGUGGCAACUGUAGUGGCUUUGGAAGAUUCAAAGUUCCGUUUUUUUGUUGCAUUCCAUGCGUCGCUUCAUGGUUUUCAGCAUGGGUGCAGGCCACUCCUUUUUCUUGAUGCAAUUACUGCAAAGCCAAAUAAGCAUUGGAAGCUACUGGCUGCUACUUCGGUUGAUGGUGAAGGUGAUGUGUUCCCAGUUGCAUUUGGUGUUGUGGAUGAUGAGAGUCGUGAAAAUUGGCGUUGGUUCCUCGAGCAACUAAAAUCUUCACUUGGAACAUCUCGAUCCAUCACUUUCAUAUCAAAUGGAGAACAUGGACUUUGGGAUGAAGUAUCUUCAGUUUUCCCUGAGAGUCAUCAUGGCUACUGUGUGGAGUUUCUUAUUGAAGAAUUUAAGACGCAACUGGAUGAUGCAUGGACUGAGGAACUAAAAGAAGCCAUGGUUGAGCAUCUUAAGAAAGCCAUAUAUUCAUGCACAACUGACGAGUUCAAACAAUAUAUUGAGCUCAUCAAAGGUGAGUCUGACAAGCUGGCUGAUUGGCUUAGGGAGAUCAAACCUGAGCGUUGGUCAGAUGCCUUUUUCGAGGGAUCACGUCAUGGACAGUAUUCUUGCAAUAUUUUUGGCACUGUUUCUGAGUGGAUUCCCACGAGAUAUGAACUUUCGGUUGUGCAGUUGGUUGACACAAUAAGAUGCAAGCUGAUGGAGAUGAUGUACACUCGCAGGGAGUCUUCUAAUGCAUGGACUGAGGUAUUAACACCUGCAGCUAAUCAGAAACUGCAGGAAGAGGUGAGCAAAGCUCACACGCUCAAUGUCCUCCCAGCAGAAAAUGACGAAAAUGGUAGUAACGUGUUUAAGGUCUGUGAUGACUCGGUUAAUGUUGUCAACCUUAACAAAUUGGAAUGCACCUGCCGAAAGUGGUAUGUUUCUGGGUUGCCGUGCAUGCAUGCGAUCGCAGUAUUUGAGCGCACCGGACAUUAUCCAUAUGACUACUGCCUUAAGUACUUCACGACGGGAUUCUACCGCUUGACCUACUCCUUGUCAAUAAACCCCAUACCAGAUGUCAUUGUGCCUACUACAUUAGUUGAUCCAGCUCAGAGCCCAGCAACAUACCCAUGUCCAAUUCGAACCCGUCGCCGUGUUGGCCGACCCAAAGAGAAGCCAGCUGAUCCUCGCAUUGCAAUUAAGAGGGCAGUGCGCUGCAGCAGGUGUAAGGGUUAUGGCCACAAUAAGGCAACUUGCAAGGUUCCUAUCAGCACGUAGUCUUGGUUCUGCUAUGCAAUGUACAUUAAGCAGAGAGGUGAUGGCAUUAUUCUCUGCAAUGCUAGUGCUUCUGUUUCUUUUGAUAGACUCUGUGAUAUAUGCUCUAGUGUUGAUUUAUGCUCCGAAUUGCUUUGUAUUUUGUCCAUUGCUUAGACUAACUGUGCUCAGUGCGUGAAGUAAACAUUGUAGCCAACACUGGGGAAAGCCUUGGAGGGUAUGUGUUGUACUGCAACCCAGCUAUCCAGUCCGCUCACUUUCUUUCCCAUGCUGGCUGCUGUGCGGAUUCCUAACCAUCUCAGACAGUUAAUUAAUUAUCCGAAAGUUGUUCUCAUUCGUUGGAACACUUUUUAAUGUGGCCAGCAUUAUAACAAGGCACUGGACAUUGACAUUC